AUCAAUGUCAUUUCCACACAACAUCAGAGAGAACAGAAAUAGCUCUUUUUGUCCCUGCAGUCUAUCACACAAGGAUUACCUCUGCGGUCCAGAACAGAACAUACACAAGAUCGACUUCACCAGGUUCAAAAUCCGAGACAUGGAGACAGGCAUGGUUCUUUUUGAGAUCACCAAACCCCCUACAACAGAGAGUGGGGAGGACAGAACAGACUUUGACCAGAAUGCCGGACGCUUUGUGCGUUAUCAGUUCACCUCCGCUUUCCUCCGACUACGGCAGGUUGGCGCCACGGUGGAGUUCACUGUAGGCGAUGUUCCCAUCAACAACUUCCGAAUGAUCGAGAGGCACUAUUUCCGUGAGCAGCUGCUGAAGAGCUUUGACUUUGAGUUUGGCUUCUGCAUCCCGAGCAGUAAGAAUACCUGUGAACACAUCUAUGAGUUCCCACCACUCUCUGAAGAAAUAAUGCGUGAAAUGAUCCUUCACCCCUAUGAGACGCAAUCCGACAGCUUUUACUUUGUGGACAACAAGCUUGUGAUGCACAAUAAGGCAGAUUAUUCUUACAACGGUGGACCGUAGGAAGCCUCGCUCACCUCUUGCAGAAAACUGCAUUGAGCUGCAAAGCAACUGGCAGAGGAGCAUCUACUGACAGUGGCAUCUAGUCAUCUAAUCUUAUAUGUGAUGAUGCAUUUGGUUAAAAAAAACAAUCUCAGGACUGUGUGUGUGUGUGUGAGAGAGAGAGAGAGAGAGAGAGAGAGAGAGAGAGAGAGAAUCUAACUCAGAAUGGCCCAGUACUGCUUUUUUCCUUAGAAUCAUUUAAAGUAUGUGAUAACUCUGUCUCUUUAAGUAUAUGAGUGUGCCUGUGCACAUGUGCAUUAAUUGCAUGCUCUGUUUUUAUGUAUUUUUAAAAGCCCAAAGACUAAUCAUUCUAAAUAACUCUGAUUUGUGACUAAAUGUUCUUACAAUGUUUCUCAAGGCUUCUAAAGUAUAAAAAGAGCGUCAUGUAGAGUGAGUUGGAGAGACAGUGCCCAAUGCAGUGUGUUUGAACCUUUAAAGGAAGGGAUACUGUCAGGAACUCUGUAUUUUGCCCUAACAUUGCACCCACUUCCUGUUGGCCUCAAUGAAAGGGCCUGAUUGUCUUUCAUUUUUCUCACUUUCAUUUUUGAAUGCUCGUAAUUUGGUAGAUGAUAUAAA